GUGGGUGGUUGUUUGGCUGUGAGCACGUAAACGUAAAUGCGUAAGCUCAGACCCUGGACUCGAGCUUUGCUCUCUCCAGCUCCCAAGGUCAUAGACGCCAGCAACGCCUCAGCCAUGCGCAGCACAAACACCACUGGCAACAACAAUAGCCAACAUAAUAAUAAUAGCAACAGCAGCUUUAACAACAACAACAACAACAGCAACAACAGCGACCGAUGAUUGCCUGAAGCGAACAAAAAUCCAUCAGAAAGCGACAGAAAGCCUGCUUAGGCGAGAGAAGUUCAGAAGAAUUAAAACCCGCCGUAAUACACCAAAGACGCUGACCAAAAAGCAUAAAAACAUAAAUAAAUAACAACAAAUUAUAUAGGCAACAAACAAAUAUAUAUAACCUGCAAACAUGUUGAUCAAAGAGUACCGUAUACCACUGCCCCUCACCGUCGAGGAGUACCGGAUUGCCCAGCUGUAUAUGAUAGCG